AUGGAGAAGCAACUCGCGCCGAUCCCAGCGUUUUACGCGUGCUAUCUGCUCCGGUCCAUCGCUAGGCACUCCUCGCUGUACGUCGGUUCAACGCCGAAUCCGCAAAGACGCCUGAAGCAGCACAAUGGCGACGCGAAGGGCGGCGCGGUGCGAACGUCCAAGAUCUCCCUGCGCCCAUGGGAGAUGACAUGCUUGGUGACGGGCUUCCCAAGCAAGAUCGCCGCUCUUCAAUUCGAAUGGGCGUGGCAGAAUCCUAACCUCACGCGUCAUAUUCCACCCGGCUCGCGAAUUACGCAGUCGAAGAUGACCUCGCGUAUCUCACCACGAACGGGCAAAGUGCGCAAGCGGUCGGCGCGACCGAGAUUUUCCUUGACUGAUCGGCUGGCCAACUUACAUCUCCUCCUGCGCUCGCCUAGCUUUGCCAGAUGGCCACUCAAGCUCACAUUCUUCUGUGAAGAUGUGCACCGUGUGUGGCAGAAAUGGUCAUCGCAGACGCCAGAAAAGCUGAGAUCUGGCAUCCAAGUGACCAUGGACGAGGCGAGUCGAAACGUGUCUGCGGCAGCAGAAACUCCCGGAAAUCCUAUCGGUAUUCAUGCCCUUGACGUCGGCUACUCAGGCAUCAAACAGCAGCUGGAGAAGAGCCAACUGGCAUUUAACGGUGACACCUCUUCACCGUGUGUCGUCUGUCAAAAGGCGACUCCAGCGACAGGUGCUGCGACCCUAGUAUGCACCAAUGAUGGGUGCAGUGCAGUCAGCCAUCUGCAAUGCCUCUCGCGUGUGUUUCUGAAGGAGGAAAGUGGACACGACGCCUUGGUACCCACGCACGGCAAAUGUCCUAGCUGUAAAGCCGAGCUACAAUGGGUUGACUUGGUCAAAGACCUGAGUCUACGCACGCGAGGGGAGAAAGAAGUCAAAAUCAUAUUUAAGUCAAAACGCGGAAAGAAGGCAGUGGCAACGGCUGCAGCUAUCGCGGAGUCAGAUGAGUCGGGCGACGACGACGACCCUCUCGACCUCGUACUUCAAGAAGAAGAUGAGUGGCAGCAGCUUUCCGAGAGCAGUGACGACGAGCAAGAUCACAAAAAGAUCAGAAGUGACCCGAGCCUGGGACACGGAUCCGCCAGGUUCAAACGACCGACCACUGCCGUCGUCUUUUCCGAACCGGUCAUCGAAGACAGCGACUGGGACCAGGCAGAGGUCUUGGACUGA